CACCGGAACCACUCGAAGGGCUCAGAACAAGAAACCUGUUACUGAUUCGGCUCCAAAAAUUAUAACAAUCGGCGCUUUUCAGCCCGUCCCGCCUGGGGGAGCCAUGGACGUGGCCCCGCUGGCCGCCGCCUGGGACAGCGUGACCUCCGUGCUGGUGUCCCCGGGGCCAGAACCCCCCCUGGAAGAGCCUGUGUCCCAGGCCCUGGCGGUGCUGUGCUCCUGGGGGCUCGGCGGCAGCCUGGAGGCCUGGCUCCUGGAGGCCCUGCAGACGCGGCUGCAGGCGGCCGUGGCCCCCGAGUUCUGGGCUGGGCUGGACCAGCCGGAGAACGGGCUGAGUGAGAGGGAGCGGGCCGCGCUGCUUCUGGGUGCCUUCCGGACUCUGCUGAGCCGCCUGGAGCCCUUCCUGAGGGGGCUGGGGUUGCUGGGGGCCUGGCAGGACGAGGGCCGGGGGGGCCUGAGCGGCCCCGGGGCGCAGGGCCUGAGGGACCGGGCCUUCGCGCUGAUCCGGGCCAUCCUGCUCUUCUCCCCCGGCGGGGUGCUGCAGGAGCGCGUGCUGGAGUUCUACAGCCGCACCUUCGCCGCUCACAUGAGCCGCGAGGAAGGGCAGGACGGGGAGCCAGAGGAGGCCGAGGGCCCCCUGGGGGACGAGGGGGGGCGGUGUCCCGGCUGCAGUAUCCCCCCGGAGGAGUGCUGGUGCGAGGAGGCCCUGGAGCAGCUGAGCGAGCUGAGCCACAUCCUCUCCAGGCUGCAGCUCCAGGAGAGAGUCAGCGCCGAGUCGGUGACGUCCAUCCUGCACCAGCUGAUUGAGCAGCGCAUGGAGCGCCGCUGCCGGGGCGAGUACGAGAGCUCCUUCAUCAGCGACUUCCAGCAGUGGCUGGAGCGGGUGCUGGGCUGGCUGGGCCGGGUGUUUGCCAGCGCCGGGGGGCCGGGCAGUGCCGCCUUGCAGCGAUGGCGCUGCCACAUGCACCAGUUCUUCUGCCGGCUGUACGUCAGCAUGAGGAUCGAGGAGCUGUUCAGCAUCAUCCGAGAUUUCCCCGAGUCCAAACCAGCCAUUGAGGACCUGAAGUUCUGCCUGGAACGGACCAAUCAGAGGCAGCAGCUCCUGACGUCUCUCAAGUCCGCUCUGGAGACCCGUCUCCUUCACCCAGGUGUGCACACGUCUGACAUCAUCACGCUGUACAUCUCCGCCAUCAUGGCUCUGCGUGAGCUCGACCCGUCCAUGGUGAUCCUGCAGGUCGCCUGCGAGCCCAUCAGGAGAUACCUCAGAACCCGGGAGGACACAGUGCGUCAGAUUGUGGCCAGCCUAACAGGCGACGCGGAGGGCUGCAGUGACCUGGCCAAUGAGCUGUCGCGUGCUGACCCUGUUACCUUGGAGACGCAGGACAGCGAGGAUGAGGGCAGCGACCCCGAGGAGUGGACCCCUGACCCCAUUGAUGCCCUAACAGACAAAACAGGCUCCAAGCGCCGCUCCUCUGACAUCAUCAGCCUGCUGGUCAGUAUCUACGGGAGCAAAGACCUCUUCAUCAAUGAGUACCGCACUGUGCUGGCCGACCGACUCUUGCACCAGCUCAACUACAACACUGCCAGGGAGAUUCGCAAUGUGGAGCUGCUGAAGCUGCGGUUCGGGGAGAGUCACAUGCACUACUGUGAGGUCAUGCUGAAGGAUGUGGCUGACUCGCGGCGCAUCAACUCCAACAUCCGUGAUGAAGAGGCAAAACUUCCGGAGCAAGAGCGCCCCCCGCUGGCCCUGAGCGCCAUGAUCCUGUCCUCUGAGUUCUGGCCACCACUGAAGGAGGAGAAACUGGAGCUGCCCCCCAUCGUUACUCAGGCCAUGGAGGCCUACACACACCGAUACGAGAAACUGAAGGCAAUGAGGACUCUAAGCUGGAAGUCCCAUCUGGGCUCCGUGACUCUGGACGUGGAGCUGGGCGACCGGACUCUGUCCAAUCUGUCUGUGUCCCCGGUGCACGCAGCCAUCAUACUGCACUUCCAGGACAAGAGCUCCUGGACGCUCGAGGAGCUCAGUGGAGCCCUCAGCCUGCCGAGUGGGGUGGUGCGCAGGAAGCUGGCGCUGUGGCAGCAGCAGGGGGUCGUGCGGGAGGAGGGCGCGGGGCUGUUCACUGUGGCGGAGGGCGGCGCUGCGCGGGAGCGGCCGGAGAGGGGCGUGGUGCUGAUCGACAGCGACGAGGAGGGCGACUCCAACACCGCCACGCAGUCUGAGCAGAGGGAGGAGAAACUGCAGCUGUUCUGGGCCUACAUCCAGGCCAUGCUCACCAACCUGGAGACGAUGACCCUGGAGAGGAUACACAGCAUGCUGAGGAUGUUCGUCACCAUGGGUCCCGUCGUCACGGAGAUGGACGUGCAAGAGCUACAGGCCUUCCUGCAAAGGAAAGUCAAAGACCAUCAGCUGAUCUGCUCAGGAGGCGUGUACAGACUUCCGAAAUCACCACACUGACAGGCAGAGCAGUCUGUCAUCAUCUUACUGAGCAAGAGAGGGGGAGAUGGUGAGAGGUGGGGGGUGCAGUUUGGCCAUAAUACUGUGUAAAUAGAGAAAACAGGACAACUCAAGUCCCCUGAAAGAUGGAGACAUUCUUGUAUUCGGGUUAGGGCUGGAACCUGGAGACCUGUACUACAGAAACAGUAGCUAGUGCAGCCAGUGAGCGAGAGAUUUGUGGACAUGAAUUGUAUGACGUAACAAGUUUAAUAAAGAAUGGCGUGGACAAAAACUAA